AUGUCGAAUCCUGAAUUCAACAACAAGCCAGACAAUCCUCGUCAAUUCUACUUGAUCACCUCUCCCAGAACCGGGUCUAACCUCCUCCUGAAAAUCCUGGCAUUAGAGGACCAGCCUAACGUUGCAUUCCGCAAACAUGGAGGUUAUUUUUUUAUGCCUUUACUUUUAUUAAAGACAAAGCUGCGUUGUUCUUGGAUACAUGUUGAACAAUUAUCCGCAGACCAAAGGGAACAAGUAGAAGAGUGUAUGAAGAACUGUUUCCACGAAUUAAAUCAGCAUGUGGAGAGUGCAAAUUCAGAAGGAAAGCUUGUGGUCGUUAAAGAGCAUUCUAAUUUCUUGACUGACCCGGUUGCCAAGACACGGUUCCUGUAUGGAGAAGAGAGCGUCACUCAAGAGAUGCCAUGGGAGUUGCGAGGCCCAAAUGAGCUGGUCCAACUGACAAGCCGGUCAAUUCAUAACGAAACAAUACUCUCAGAUGGAUUUCUAAAGACAUGGCUACCUAUUUUCCUUAUCAGGCAUCCAGCGCUGUCUUUUCCUUCGUUUUAUCGCGCCUGCGUUAGGGCUGACGGUGAGGAGUUCAUGAAGUCAAUCCCUGGGCGACGGAGCUGCCAGAUGGUGAUGACCAUGCGAUGGACACGCAAAUUGCACGACUUCUAUGUUGAGCACUUCAACGAAAGCAACAUUCAGGCUGAACAGGGAAAGGCGAAGGCCAUUUGGCCCAUAGUUCUUGACGCAGAUGAUAUCAUGACUGAGCCUGCAGUGCUUGUCAGGCUCUGCAACACCAUUGGGCUAGACAGAGAUAGACUGCGCUAUCAAUGGGAACCUGCGGAUCAAGUUCCACCACUUUGGGCACAAGCUUUUAGAACGACGCUCGACAGCUCCACUACUAUCAACACCAAGAAGGCUGCUGGCGAUAUCGACAUCAAUGAGGAAGGAAGGAAGUGGAGGGACGAGUUUGGAGAAGAAGACGGCCAGAUGAUAGAGAAUUAUGUGCGAGCGGCGAUGUUGGACUACAACUUCUUGAAAUCCAAAAGGCUCAGAGCAUAA